GCACACUCACACACCGAGACACCACACCAUACGCCGGAGGUGUGCAGCCGAGAGCCACACUACGCUACAGCCGGCCUCUGCGCGUAUGUGUUUGCGUGAAAGCGGGAGACAUAACACAGACAGACACCCACCACGGCGAGGGGAUGAGGACCCAUCAGGGGCAGGACGCGAGGAGGUAAACAAACAAUAACCGCGCCCCAACCCCUCCGCCUGCGGUCUCCGUCCGCCUGUAUCCUCGCAGCCCGGAUCCCCCGCCUCAUUUCGUUUGCCUGGUAGAAACCCGGGAAAGGGUGGAUUUUCCGCGGCCGGAGACCACCCAGCUCUCUCAAGAUGAGGGCGAAGAAAGCUGCCUUCUCCGGUGGGAGAUGGGGUCGGUGCUGGGAGUGAAGACCCUCGGCCGCCUUCGCACAGCCCCAGCUACACACCUCUCCUGCCCUCCUGCCCAGCCGAGACCUGGUUUGUCUGUACUGUAUGGCAGAAAAAUAAAACUCAACUCGGUUAUCGAGAGGAAACCAGUACCGUCUCGGGGAAAAGAAAAUGUAGCCGGCUGCAGUCCUCCAUCUAGGAAUCCCUGAUGGGUCUCAGAGCCAAGUGAUUCCCCUUGGAGGCAAGAGACAGGGCAAACUUUCCCAGACAUGGAAGUGAAGGGGCAGCUGAUAAACUCAUCCAGCUACAGCUCCUCAGAAGCCUUGCAGCGAGAGCUCUGUCCCCGCAUUCGGCUAGAGCGAGUGCAAGAACUCCUGGAAAAGCAGAAGUCCCUACAGCAGGUGCUCAGCCUGCGCCUGAAGGAGCUGCGUCGAGUUUGUCUGCAAGAAGCGGAACUGACAGGAAAAUUGCCACCAGAAUAUCCCCUGGAACCUGGAGAAAGGCUGUGGCCAGUGCGGAGGAGAACAGCGGUGGCCUCCCGAAUUGCCCCUACCUUGAAGAACGAGGACACCCCUUCGCUGGAGGAGCUGACCCAAGAGCUGGCACUGCAGCAGCAAGUGGCUGAGGCUGCCCGACGGCUAGCGGUUGCCCCCGACUUGACAGCUGAGCAGCGCCGGCGCCGGCGGCAGGUCCAGGCAGAUGCUGCCCAGCGCCUGCGGGAGCUGGAGGUGCAGGUAGCAGAAUGCCGGGUGAGGCUGGGCAAAGGCCCCCUCCAGAGGGCCGGCCAUGAAGAGUCAUUCCACUCAGAAAGCAGCUCGCUCUCAGAAUCAGCCAGCCAUGAAAAUGACGACCCUCGCAGCUUCCAUCCCUCCAAACUCUCCAACCAUCAGGGAACUUUCCCAGACCGAUCUUCACCUCCCAAGGCCCGAGAUCACCUACGUGCCAUCUCCAGCAGUCCUGACCGCCGACCAGGCUGGCGAAUUUUGCAGCCGGAUCUGUACAGUGAGGCCAUGGACCGCAGGAACUCUGUCGCCAGCCCUACCAGCCCCAAUCGCACCCUCCCCAGGAGCAUGUCCAGCUUUGAGGGCCGGAGCGUCCCAGCUACUCCAGUGUUAGCAAGAAACGCUUGCAGUGGAAAUCACCAGUUAAGGUCAGAGGCCCCGUCUCUCCACUCCCGCCAGUGGUCAGGCAGCCACGAUUCCCAGCUUGGCCCCCCCAGCCGGGACACCAGCGCUGACAGGGCUUCUCUCUUUGCUGCCCGGACCCGUCGAAGCAACAGCUCUGAGGCCUUGAUUGAACGGACCCCUUUGGAGGACCCCCUCCUGCCCUCUGCCCCCCCUUUUAAGAGUGCCGAGGCCCUGACCCCUUCCAUCGCCGGCCGGAGCCCUCGCCCACCUUACAACGAUCUCCUGUUGGACUAUUACCUGGAACGCCGGUGCUGUGGGGGUGGCGAGCAUUUGUCUCGCAGGGAUGGGCCUCCCCAGCUAGAGUGGGGAGCCUUUUCCGAAAGCCCGCUUCAGCGCCGGGCCCGGCCUGCUGCCCGCACUAAAUCCUGCGGGCCAUUGCUGCCUCCGCAGUCCCGCGAGGUUGGUUAUGUACCUCCGUUACCCCCUCACCGCAACUUCCACAAAGCGCUUGCCCUGGAGGGGCUCCGGGACUGGUACUUACGCAACGCCGGAGUCACCCAACGAGGGGCCCCAGAGAGACGGGGACCAUCUCAGUCUGUACAUCAGCACCUGCGUGGCUACUGUGAUCCGGGACCCCCCAACCCCGAUGUGGGAUAUUACGGGGGGCCAGGACUGCCUCACUCUGUGAGCUAUGCAGGGCAACCACUCUAUAGCAGACCUUUUGGGGAUCUGCUUUAUCUGGAAGAUUCUUCUGGUCCUUACAGCUUGGAUUCCACAGAGCACCCAACCCCAGGGACGUUGGUUUGACCCCCCUCUCCUCUUUCCCCCAAGGGGAUCUGGAGUGCUGUUUCUUUUAGUUUUCCUUUUUUGCGCCGGUGCCUCUCUUUUGGGUGUGAUGCACCAUAGUGGGGAUGGGGGCUCCCUGCUGGCAGGGUAGGUUUCCACUUGUGUGAGGGUGGAUUGUUGCAUGUCACACACUGGACACACGACUGGAGGGGAGUGGAGUGUGUCUACAGUUCUUCCUACACAUUGCUAAACUUCCCUAUUUCUGACUG